ACCGGAUCUCUGAAUUCCGUCACCAACAAUAAUAACACUGACGGGUUUCAGUGCACGUACAACUCGUCUAGUUUAGCUACAUACAGGAGGAGAUUAGGUAAUGACCCCAAAAUUGUAUUGUUAGACGACUUCACAUUUGGUGCAGAUUCUGUUCCAUUCAAGAGUUGCCAUGCUUCUACUAUCGUAGAAUUUGAGAAGGAUCAUUUUUUAAUUGCGUAUUUCGGCGGAAGUUUUGAAGGAGCGCCGGAUGUCAAGAUUUGGUUGCAGAGGUACAAGGACGGGUGCUGGCAUUCCCCGGUUACAGCUGAUGAACAACUAGGUGUGCCAAUGUGGAAUCCUGUGUUGUUUAAGGUUUCAACAGAUGAGUUGCUUUUGUUCUACAAGACUGGCCAGGAAGUGCAGAAAUGGAGUGGUGCCAUGAAGAGGUCUUAUGAUGGAGGUAUAACUUGGACGGAACGCGAACAACUCCCGCCGGGAGUGUUGGGUCCGAUUAAGAAUAAGCCGAUUUUGCAAAAUGGGAGUUUGUACUGUGGUUCGUCUCUGGAGAGUUGGAACUCAUGGGGUUCAUGGGUUGAGGUUACACCAGAUGCAGGAAAAACAUGGAAAAAGUAUGGACCAAUAUACAUUAAAGGUAGAUCACUAGGAGUUAUUCAACCAGUUCCGUACCGUACUGCGAAUGGUACACUACGCGUUCUACUAAGGUCUUUCAGCGGGCUAAGGAAGAUUUACAUGUCAGAGUCAUAUGAUGAUGGAGUUAACUGGAGUUAUGCAAAACCUACGAAACUUCCGAAUCCAAAUUCAGGGAUUGAUGGUGUUAAACUGAAUGAUGGUCGAUUGUUGCUUGCUUAUAACACAAUAUCAAGAGGUGUGCUCAAAGUGUCUGUCUCUAAAGAUGAUGGUGAUUCCUGGAAUCAUUUGGUAACGUUAGAGGAGGAUUUGGGUAUGGAAUUCUCUUAUCCUGCUGUCAUACAAAGUAACGAUGGACUAGUGCACAUUACUUAUACAUACAAUAGGACCCAAAUUAAGCAUGUCGUAAUACGGCCUUUAGAAGCCUAAUACAUGUUCUGCUG